AUGAGCUCUACAAACUGCAGAUUUUAUGAGAACAAAUAUCCCGAAGUGGAUGAGGUCGUAAUGGUUAAUGUCCAAGAAAUUGCCGAAAUGGGAGCAUAUGUCAAACUUUUAGAAUACGAUAAUAUUGAAGGUAUGGUGUUAUUAUCAGAGUUAUCGAGAAGGCGUAUACGUUCGAUUCAAAAAUUGAUUAGAGUAGGUAAAAACGAAGUCGCAGUUGUCUUGAGAGUUGAUAAGGAAAAAGGGUACAUUGACUUAUCAAAGAGAAGAGUUUCCGCAGAAGAUAUAGUUAAAUGUGAUGAAAGAUACAACAAGUCCAAAGCAGUUCAUUCAAUAUUGAGGCAUUGUGCAGAAAAGUUCAACAUUCCCUUGGAAAAAUUAUACGAAACGGUUGGAUGGCCGUUGAGCAGGAAAUACGGGCAUGCUUAUGACGCCUUCAAAUUGUCAAUUGCAGACCCUUCAAUAUUUGAAGGUCUUGAAGCUCCAUAUCCAGGUGUAUUAGAAGAGUUGAAACUAUACAUAUCAAGAAGAUUGACCCCUCAGGCUAUUAACAUAAGGGCCGAUGUCGAAGUUUCGUGUUUUGGUUACGAAGGUAUCGAUGCAAUUAAAGAAGCUUUGAAAGAAGCAGAAUCAGUCUCAACUGAACAUAUGCAAGUGAAAGCUAAGUUGGUAGCCGCACCAUUAUACUUCCUUUCUGUUCAAUCUUUGGAUAAAAAUCAAGGUGUUGCUCUUUUGGAAAAGGCUAUAAAGAAAAUCGUUGAAAGUAUAGAGUCAAAUGGCGGAAUUUGUAAAGUCAAUAUGGCACCAAAAGCAGUCACGGCUAGUGAUGAUGCGGAACUCGAGCGUAUGUUAGAAAGCAAGGAGGCCGACGAUAAAGACGAAUCGGAUGAUGAAGACGAGUAA